AAGGAAUAGCUCCCCAUCCUCCCUCGGCGGCUGCAGCCAUGGAAGAUCCUGCAGGGAAAGUGCUCAGCUGUGAGGAGAAGGAGAAGUUGAAGGAAAAGCUGGCAUUCUUAAAAAGAGAGUACAGCAAAACACUGGCUCGAUUACAGCGAGCUCAGAGAGCUGAGAAGGCAAAAAAUUCUAUGAAGAGUGAACAGAAUUACAUGCUUAAGGAGGAAACCUCUAUACAAACAAACAAAGAGCCAAAAGACAAAGUAUCCUUUGGUGAUAAAUUAGAAACAUGUACACUACAAAUCAAUGCCUGUGUUGAUGUUGAAACUAAGGAGAAAACAGCCAUCACACUUGAUUUUGAGCCUGAGGUCUUGAGCAUUGGUGAUGGCUCCUCAGGAAUGUGUCCUGAAAAUAUAGAUGAUGACUGCCAAGAGAAUUUCCUCUCUGGUAUCACUGGACCAGAUAAUGAGAAAAAGCAAAGCAAACAGCCAUUGAAUAGAAUGAAGAACCGGAAAAAAACAUUGCUAUCAAAAGGAAAUGAUUCUUUCUUUGACUCUGAUUCACUUAUAAAGACUGGACAAAAACAAGUGUUUGCUAUAGAAAAUUCCGAGUUACCAGUGUUUCAGAGAAGAAAUCAGUUUUCAUGUAGUAAGAAUGAGAAUCAGAAUUCUCCAAGACCAAUCAAGGAAAUCAAUGAACGUCUUGAAUGUGUUGCUUCAACUACUGAACUAGAGAAAGAUACCAAUGGAAUUUUGAAAGAAAAUAAUCUUCCUAAGAUGAUGACGUUUUCUUUGCACAAUCCUUUGGAUGAUGAUAAUAUUGAACAACUUGGGUGUGUUCCUCUUGAAGAAGCCUGUGAUAACUAUAAACUGGCUACCAAAUGUUCAGUGAACCUUAUUCAUACUUCACCUAAAAAAUUAGAAGAAGGAAGGAAAGAAUAUAUUAUCUCUCCAGAUGACCAAAUGGUAAAUAAUGAUAUGAAUGUUGAUAAAAAAAAGUCUAGCAAUUUCACCUUGCCAGCAGAUGAGAAAGCAUUUUCUGUAAAUGAGCUCAAUCAUUCCUUAAGUGAAAACAUACAUUUCAAAGAACAGAAUCAAAGCUUGAAGCUUUCAGAAUCUUUUAGUAACUUACUUGAUAGUAGAGGUGAAAAUCUUCAAAAGAAAGAGAUCCUAAGUGAGACUAUGAGCCCUACCACACAAAUGACCUUUCCUGAUCCUACAGAAAAUCCAUUAAAUUCUUGUACAGUGCUUGAUGGUCUUCCAUUUCCUGUGGAGUAUUAUGUUAGGACAACACGACGAAUGUCAAGUUGCCAGAAGACAGUAGACCUGGAAGCUGUAAUUCAAAGCCAAUUAAGUGUAAAAAGAAAAGGAUUUAAGCAAAAGUCUAAGCAGAUAACUAAAAAUUUAGAUCUGUCCUCCCAAGAAGCAGAGCAAAGUGAAUUUCUGUUAUCUGACCCUUGGAGUGAACAAGUAAUUUCAAGUAGUCCUUUCCAAAAGUCUUUUUCAUCAUCCAUUGAAGGCAGCCCUCCUGCUUUGCCCACUAAGGACAAUGAUUAUGUUGUAAAUGCUUGUAAGAGGCAAUCAAAUAGAAGACACAGAGAGAAAUCUUUUUGCAAAAAAGGAACAGGUGAUCAGGACUCAGAGUUGCAAGUUUUUGAUGAACUGGAUAUUAAAAAACCCAAGGAAGAUGUUGCCUUGUGCAAAGAGGCUCCAAGGACAAAGGAAUAUGCUCAGAGUAAAAAAAAAGUCACAAAAAAAUCAAGUUGUACCCUUGCUAAUGUUGGCAAAAAAGUACCCACAUCAAUGAUACAAGGGAAACAAGAUUAUAUUCAAAAUAAGAACCUUCAUUCGUCUUUUGGUAAUGACUCUUUGAUUGUGGAUAAUACCAGUUUUGAUCUUUCAUUUCACCUUAAGAAUAUGAUACUUGGUUUUGAGAAGUUGUCUUCAAACAUCAACAUCACUGACUUUCAUUUGCCUGAUGAAGACUUUGGUUCUCUUAAGCUAGAGAAAUUAAAGUCUUUCUCAGCAAAACAGAUUGAAUCCUUUGAAUCAGGAGAUGGUGAAAAAAAGUGUAAUGAUGGAAAUUGUCUUGUUCCAGAGGAACUGGUGCCUAAAAAUGUUACAGAAAAGGAGAAUUUAGUGAAGGAUGUUAUUACUCUAACAAGAAACUCACAGCCAAAAAAACCAAAGAGUAUUCCUUCAAAUAUACUACUGUUUACACCUUCUAGUACUGCCUUACCUGCUACAAAUAACCAUCUUGAAGCAAGUGUGUGUUCUCCUGUUUUCCCUAUUCUAGGUACCACUCCAGUUUUUGGCUCCCAAGUACACAGUGAAAAUAUGGCUACAGAGAUUAUUGGACCUACUUUUUGUACGCCUAAACAUUCUUACUUGAAAGAACCAGAGAGUCUUUCUGGAUAUAAUCAGUGUAACAGUUCACCCAAUUCAUUGAAAUUGACUACUAAUAUGCAUUUAUUAGAUAGGGAAGUGAAAAAAAAACCUGACCAAACAGUAUCUUGUUCUGAAACAAAAUUUGAUGGCGACUGCAGUUCUCAAGAAACUCUUCCAGCUGUUAAGACAAACGCUUUCAAAGAAACAUCACUAUUAGGAAGCACUUUUCAGACUAAAGCAGCAGAAGAACAUCCUGCUGAAAUCUGGUGUGAUAGUUUGAAACUGGGUAAUUUACAGCUGGUUUCAAAGUUAAAGAAUCCUUCAGAUUCCUGUUCUGUGGAUGUGAGUACUGUGUGGUGGGAAGUAACAGGCUGUAAAGAGUCAUGUAUCAUAACUGCCUGUGAAUUUACAGUUUCUCUCUGGAAAUCUCUGGAUAACUGGCAGUGGAGGAAAGUUUACACGUGGCACUUCACAGAGAUUCCAGUCCUACAAAUCGUUCCACUUUUGGAUGCAUGUAAUCUUGUGUGUGUUGCUUUGGGACAUUUAGAAAUUAGAGAAAUCAGGCUAUUGUUUUGUUCUAAUGAUGAUGAAUGCUUAAAGCAGUCACUAGUAAAAUCUGGAAAUAUAAAAGCUGUGCUUGGACUUAGACAUAAGAGACUAGUCUGCAGCAAUGGAACUCUUCAUGAUCACCAAGUAGACCUCAUGACUUUUUCAGAAUCUGGAAGAAGUAAAGAAAAACAAACUUUGAUGUCUCCAGAAGAAACUAUCCUGGCUUUUGCUGAAAUUCAAGGAAUGCAAGAUGCUUUGCUUGGCACAACGCUAACAAGCAAUAUUGUUAUCUGGAAUUUAAAAACUGGCCAACUUCUGAAAAAGAUGCAAAUUGGUAAUUCCUACCAAGCUUCAAUCUGUCACAAAGCCUAUUCAGAUAUGGGGCUCCUGUUUGUUGUUUUAAGUCAUCCACAUGGCAAAGAAAUUGAAUCAAUGGGAAGUCCCAUAUUUCGGUUGAUUGUUAUUAAUCCAAAGACAGCCUUAAGUGUUGAUGUAAGACCCUACUCACUUCCCCAAGGCCACACUGGAAGGUUUCUGGAUGGCGAAGUGAAGGAUAAUUUAGCGGCAGCUGUCCUAACUUCUGGAACAGUUGCUGUUUGGGACUUGUUUCUAGGACAUUGUACAGCUCUGCUUCUGCCCAAUUCUGAUGGAAACUGGUCUUUUGUUAAAUGGUCAGAUACAGAUUCUUGUCUAUUAGCUGGACAGAAAAAUGGAAGUGUAUUUGUAUACAGCUACAUAUAAAUUAGGCCAAGAGGAAAGCAAAUAGAUUCAUGGACAAAUGUGAAUGCCUUCAGUACCUCUGGGAUUGUAACUCAAAAGGAAAGUGACGUCAUUUGAAGCAAAUCAAGUAUUUUCUGGCUGAUGAAUCCUCCCACUCAAAAAAUGAGGUAGUGUCAUUUUAAUCUUGUAUAUUCAGAGGCUUUUUGGUUCUGGGGAGUAUACUGACUUUGAAUGUUUCAUUAAUACUGUGUUUUUUAAAAUUGUAUAAUUUGGUUGAUAUUUUUCUUGGUUCCACAUUUGCACAUUUAUUUUUGAAAAUGGACAGACUAGCUGAUAAUUUAAACUUGAAGUGCUAAUAAAUUUUAAUUUUGUAAUA